AUGUCAGUCUCUUGCUUGAAUCCACGCUUAAACGUUACUCUACAGAAGCCGCUUGCAACAUCUGCUUUGGAUUUGCUCAGGAAACCCUCGGUGGAAGUGAACUGUAACACGACCGUACCAUUCGUUAAUGGCAGCAUGACCAGGUUGAAUGAAGUGGGUCGGCGCACAGUGGCUCGAGAUGAUGUGGAAGAACUAGGCUUGACGCACUGCGGUAUUUUCAGAACACCUCAUCCGAACUGGAAGGUUGAGAAGGAACUUUGCCAAUGGAGUAUAGCAGGCGAGCAAAUCAAUGUGAAAAUGGAUUGUGAAGACAGCACGAAAUCGCAGAGUGGAGAUAACACAAAUACAAGUGAAGUAAAACCAGCGCUGAGCACAGUUGAAGGUGAAGAAAAGAAGGAUGCAACGAGUUCUGAAUGCCACGUUCAUAUUGGCGACACCGGCCUUGAAGAUGAAGAUGAGGAGAUGGAUGAUGAGGAGGUUGAGUCAGAGGGAGACGAGGUCGAGAGCAUAGAGGAUAUUAAAAUACAGAAUGGUGUAUUCAAGUAUAGAGUACGAUGGGUUGGUUGCAAGCCAAGUGAGGAUACAUGGGAGCCGGAGGAAAGUUUCACAGGUUCUGAGAGCAAAGUGCUCCUGGAGAAGUAUCGAGAAGCACAUAAAGAAAGGGUUGAGCAGCUCUUGAAAGCUGAAACUCGUUUUUUUCCCGCUUAUGAGAACACUUCAGAGACGAGGAAGGGAAGGAGGACGAAGCGCGGGCCUCGUUGGGAAUAUGUGUCGGAGAUUGUUACAAGAGAUGAUAAAACCGGGCUUAAGCCAAGGGAGCUACAAGCGAGUGACGUGUUUUAUGGACAACCUGCUAGUGAAUUAGCCACUGCUUCCAGUGAACUGAAGAAACUUUUCGAUCCUUCACAUAAGAAUUCCGCUACAGAAUUGUUCCUCACAACAACCGAUCCAGCUGUCAAAGUAACUCGCAGUCAAACAAAGGCUCUUAUUGGAUCGCGUGAUGUAUCACGAUCUAAUACUCCAACUCUUACCACUAAACUUCUAACAGCUGCAGAUACAUCUCGAGGUUCAGUUAGUCCUACAUCUAAGAAAACAAAAGGAUCUCAGAAAAAAGGUAAAGCUGCAAGUAAACGGGCUCCAAAACGAAAUGCUUCGGAGCAAAAGGAACCAGCACAAGGUCCAGAAUGUGUUACGGUGAACUCGCCAAGUCUGGUCGACAAUCAGGUGACAACGAAUUCAUCUUCGGACAAGCCUCCAAUUGUUUUGAAGCUGACGCUUAAAAAGACAGAAAAACCUAGUAAGAGGGAGAAGCGAUCGUCAUCAGAAAAAGCGCCGAAGGAAAAAAAUAAAAAAGAAAAGAAAUUGUCUUUAUCCGUUGUUCUUACCCCACCUUCGCCACAACCCAAGGAAGCCGACCAGAAGUCAGAUAAUGACACGAAAAUGGAUGUGGAUUUGUCAUCACCUCAGCCGUCUACUGAGCCUAAACCAGAGUCGGAGAAAUUGGCUGGUGAUUUGAAUGCUGAAACUCCAUCCAGAAUUUCUGAACAAUCUUCACGGCUUCUCCCACCGACUUCGGUACGAAGGCGGGCGGAUCAUUUGUUACCUGGGAAGAUUUCCAUAGGACCAUUAACAUCUCAAGUUCUUAACAAUAUGCUGCGUGAAUUAGAAAUCAAGUACUAUGGAGACGAAGAACGGCAUCCCUACACACAAGAGCAGUUCAAUGAAGCUAUUUUGUCUGGCAAUUUUAUGCGUGUAAGGAAAGCAAUGGUGAACAACGUACUGACUGCUCCUCGUUUAGCAAUGUGGACUAAUCCGUACGGAGUUAAUCUUCUGCAUAUGUUAUGCCGAUCCAUGAGAUGUGAUGAACGACAUGCGGGUGACGAUAUCGCCACAGUUCUCUGUAGUAUUGCUCCAACACUUCUUUCUUCUCGCGAUAAUCUUGGAAAAAUACCGUUACAUGACGCCGUUGACAAAGGCCAGGUAUGCCGUGUUACUCGAUUACUCACAUUCCAUUCACCAGUUAACGUUACCGAUCGAAAUGGCAAUUCUCCGUUAUCGCUUGCGUAUUCGAAGAAUCACGCAAAAAUGGUGCGGAUAUUAUUGCAAGCGGGUGCAAAUUUUUAUCCACUGGAAAGCUCUGAACGGAGGAAACCAGAAAGUCAGCGGAAACGACGUGCAUUUGAUGUGCUAACUAAGCACUCCAGAAUGGUUUCUGGCCAAAUGCAACGGGCUAGAAGGAAGGUGUAUAGAUUAUUAACUGAAGUACGAACAGCAUCUCCAUGCUUCACCGCUCCAUUUUCGGAUGGUCCGGAAUUUACAUUUACUUUUUAUCACACACCCACGCCUAAUCCUCCAGGGGGACAGUAUGGUCAUAUACUUUUUCUGCAUGUGUGCAGCGUGAGACCAGAAGGAGGAAACUGGCAGACACGUUGCUGGGGUGGACUUCGCCUUUCACAGGCCCCUUUUCUUAAUGGGCGUCCGUUGGAACCGACGAGUAUGACAGACCGUGGAGAUCAUAUGAUUUUCUUUAUCAUACCUGUUAAUGGCGCCAAUACGAUCUGUAUUAGAUUAUGUGAAACUGAAGUGUCGAAGAGAGUGAUUCUUGGUGUGCAAAUGGUACUGGUGAAGCGAACAGUUCGUGAAAACUGGUCAUCUGUUAAUCACUAUCCACCUCUAGAGCAAGCUCCAAUGGUCGGACCAUUCUAA